UUUGUGGCUUAUGAAUCUCAAUUCAUGACGAGUCUCUCAUCACGUGCAUUUUUCUCAUCAUGAAUACACUAAAGCGUCGGAACACAAAAAAACACACCACAAUAUUAUUUUAUGACACAUUUGUAAUGCAAAGACGAUUUGAACCUAUAUAUGUUCACUCCAAAUGCAAAGCAGGCGGGAUAAGACUGGUCACAUAAAAAGCUGUCUAUGCAGUGAUGUCAUCUGCCGGAAGAUGUGAAGCAGACGAUGCAGGUUUACUGCACUGACUGUAUUCCAGUGAAAGGCGUUUGACAGCUUGUCGUAAUAAAGGAAAUGGGGGCGAAUGGAUAGCGUUACUCAUCUCUAUGGAGCAAGACGGACUAAAUAACAUAUAAUGCGAAAUCACCUCAAAUAACAGAUUUAGAGAAAAUGGUGCCCAGUUUAACGGCUGGAUCAUAAUAGAUAGCCUGGUUUUCACUGCUCACAGACUGAAAGCAUCGACCUUGCUGGUGUGGCCAUGAAUCCGGCGGAACAAACGGUUACGUGGCUCAUUACGCUUGGGGUUUUGGAGUCGCCGAAAAAGACCAUUUCGGAUCCGGAUGGAUUUCUGCAAUCUUCGUUAAAGGAUGGGGUCGUCCUGUGCAGGUUACUGGAGCGGCUGCGUCCAGGCACCACUGACAGGAUCUUCCAAGACCCCAAGACCGACAGCGAGCGCUUGAGCAACAUCACGGAGUUUCUGAAGGGUUGCGCUGUGUUUCGCGUCGAGCCUUUCGAGGCUGCUGACCUGCUUCAGGCCCAUAACUUUAGCAAAGUCUUAACUACACUAGUUGCCCUCAAUAAAGUGACUGCAGAUAUUGGCAUCGACAGUGACUCUGUAUGUACACGCACCGCCCACCGGAUCAAAUCCUUCGAAUCUCUGGCCUCCCAGUCUUCGCUGGGCCGAUCUUCUAAAGUGCUUCAUAACCAGUUCCGUAGCUUGGACAUGACGGAGAACAGUAACGCUCAGUUAGUGGUGAAAGCUCGCUUCGACUUCCAGCAGACCAAUGAGGAUGAGCUUUCUUUCAACAAGGGUGACAUCAUCAAUGUUACCCGCACAGAAGAAGGGGGAUGGUGGGAAGGAACUUUCAACGGCAAGACAGGCUGGUUUCCAAGCAAUUACGUCAGAGAGGUCAAAGGAUUCGACAAACCAGUGUCUCCUAAAUCUGGAACUCUUAAAAGCCCUCCCAAAGGUUUUGAUUCCACAUCCAUCAGUAAAACAUACUACAACCUGGUGCUACAGAACAUUCUAGAAACUGAAACGGAGUACUCAAAGGAGCUCCAGAACAUCCUGUCCAACUACCUGAGACCACUACAGAUGACAGAAAAACCGAGCACUUCAGACGCCAGUAUCAUCCUCGGGAACCUGGAGGAGAUCAGCACUUUCCAGCAGACUCUGGUCCAGUCACUAGAGGAAUGCACCAAACUUCCGGAGCUGCAGCAGAAAGUGGGAGGGUUCUUCUUAAAUCUCAUGCCUCAGACGAGAUCUCUAUAUGUGUCUUACUGCUCCAACCACCCUUCAGCAGUCAGCGUUCUCACUGAUCAUAGUGAAGAACUUGGAGUGUUUAUGGAGGCGAGAGGUGCGACCGUCCCUGGUAUUCUCACUCUGACCUCGGGCCUCAGCAAACCCUUCAUGAGACUGGACAAAUAUCCCACAUUAUUGAAGGAGCUGGAGAGACACAUGGAGGAGGGUCAUCCAGACAGGACAGAGAUUCAGAAGUGUAUGGCAGCUUUCAAGAAUCUCUCUGCACAAUGUCAGGAGGUGCGGAAGCGCAAGGAGCUCGAGCUUCAGAUCUUGGGCGAGAUGAUUCGGCUGUGGGAGGGGGAAGAUAUCAAGACUCUGGGUUCAGUGCUGUAUAUGAGCCAGGCCAUGGUCCAGAACCACGGCUGUGAGGAGAGACAUGAGCGUUACCUUCUGCUGUUUCCUCAUGUCCUGCUCAUCCUGUCUGCCAGUCCAAGGAUGAGUGGUUUCAUCUACCAGGGCAAGCUGCCUUUAAACGGAAUGACCGUGACCUCGUUAGAAGACUGUGAAAGCCAUAAAAAUGCUUUUGAGCUCUCUGGAAGCAUGUUUGAAAGGCUUCAGGUGAUCUGCUUUAACAAACAGGAUCUACAGGACUGGCUCGAGCACCUGAACAGACAGACCAAACAUACCACCAUGGCGGCUCCCAGCAUGAAGCCCCUCACCGUUCCCUGCCACACACUUCCGUCCCACCCGCUGACACCAUCCAGACAUGCGGAAAGCCGAAGCCUGACGGUCGCCCCCGCUUACCACACUCUCCCGCACCCCUCCUCUCACGGGGCUCCUCACAGCACAAUGAUGUGGGGUCCCCUGGAGCCCCCCAAAACCCAAAAACCCUGGAGCUUGAGUUGCCUGCGUCCAGCACCUCCACUCAGACCUUCAGCUGCUCUCUGCUAUAAAGAGGACCUCAGUAAAAGCCCCAAGACUAUGAAAAAGCUGCUGCCCAAGAGAAAGCCAGAGAGAAAGCCGUCUGAUGAGGAGUUUGCACUGAGGAAGAGUACUGUAGCUCUGGAGGAGGAUGCUCAAAUUCUCAAGGUGAUUGAGGCUUACUGCACGAGUGCCAAAACCAGACAGACCCUCAACUCAACAUGGCAUGGCACUGACCUCAUGCACAACCACGUUUUGGAUCAGUCCAGCGUGGACUCUCUUGGCCGCCGUAGCAGCAUCUCCAGGCCAGAGGCCACGUCGGAUCUAUCAGAGGACUCGGAUUAUGACAGUAUAUGGACGGCUCACAGUUACAGGAUGGGCUCUGUUUCUCGUAAGAGCUCCUACAUCUCCCACCAAAACUAAACCUUCUCCUCACUCCUCUUGUUUUAAAUGACUUUUAUUUAUUUCAAACCUAUUUAUUUAUUUAUCAUUGGGUCACACCGAUGCAUAUUUAUUCAAGUCAUUUGUAUUUAUUUGUGUUUACUCAUGGUUUAGUAUUAAUCUGCACUUCCAUCAUUUUCUGCAGAUGUGAUCACUUUUCCAAAGCAGUUCCCUGUUGCCUUGACAUCUUAAUACCCACGACACUCCCAACGACUUUUAUUUGUUUAUUUACCUGCCAUUUGGUAUUUAUUUAAGUGUCCUUUGAAAAUACGAUGAUGUUAUUCAUGCUGCCCUCAUUACUGGAUGUAUUUUAUUGAUCGACGCUGUCUAAGGUACAGUGCAUUCGGAAAACAACCAGGACGAAUCUGAGAAAAGAUAUUAGCGUACACAUAUUACAGCGUUACAUAUUAGCGUAAUGUCAUUCAUCUGGGUUAUGUGGUAUUAAAACUCGGACUGUGUUUACUAAAUGUAAACAUUUUGAUUGGUCUUUUACCAUGAACAAGCUUUCAUUAAAUUCAUCCCUCUGGUUCUUACAAGGCACUGGGGACAGUAUUACUGGGAAAGAUUGUUCAUACUUAUGUUAUAUAAAUGUAUUUAUUUUUAAUUUGUAUAUGUAUUUUGAUUUUGGACUUUUUGUAUGCUUGUAUUUAACAUGUAAGUUUAAAGUGAUGUCUGCCUUCAUGGUGAAACGUAUGGAAGUUUACAAAAAAAUGUUAAAUGUAAUGUUGGUUGAAGUACUGAUGUGUGGACGGUAAAGUCGAGAGUUCUUCACCACUCAAGACUGUGUCAAAGUGUUUGAUGCUUUUGCUCUUAUGUACGAUGUGUUUGAGACAAACCAGACAAACCGAUUUGCCAAUUAUUUAAAUGAUGACAGAGUAUAUUUCCUCAUGUUAUGUGAUUCCUUGUGACCAAGUUCUAUUCUGUGGUUUAAAAAAUGAACGAGAAGAAUAUGAAUAUUUACUGCCCUUUUGUCGGUUGUAUUAUGAAGAUAUUCUUAAAAAACUGUUGAACUGAGAAACGUCAGUGAUGUUUACGUGGUUCGAAAUUGACAUUAUUUAUGUGUUUGUUAUAUAUGCAGAGUCAAAUAUAUGACAAAAUACCACAAAUGUUGUAAUAUACAUUUUGAAUAAAUCUGGGGUUGUUUUGUACAAUGUUUAUUCUGCCAGAAAUUGAUCUUUAAUGACAGAACAAUGCAUUAUCUUUUAUUUAAGCUAUUAUUUUUAUUUUGAAAACUGUUAGACAUGCUAUUUGUAUAAACCGAAAUCUCUCUGAAAGUUUUUUUCCAUGUUGGCCCAUGUUGGUCCUCUUUUCAACACGUUUGUUUUAAUUUUCUCGGACGAUCCCUCUCUGCAUGACUAACUCCCGUCUCACGCACAGUCCUGUGUAAGUCUGAUCCAGUCCUAACCACCUUAUGGGACACGAUAGUUUUGUCACUGACAUAAUAAAUGUGUCCAACUACAGUAAGGAUCCUAAAAAUCAAUCUGUGGGCUUCUUUUUUG